GAGGCUUUGCUAAGCUAAGAGAUUGGAAACCAGUGUUAGGUAAAGAUGUCUGACAAUGCUGAGUCUCCAACAGAAACACAGAAAGAGGAGCUACAGUCACCGUCAGAAAACUCCGCGACUAGCGAGGAGAAAAAGAAAAUUGAUGUGCUGCUGAAGGCUGUGGGAGACACUCCUAUAAUGAAAACAAAGAAAUGGGCUGUGGACAGGGGGAGGACGGUGCAGUCCCUGGCUCAGUUCAUCUCUCGCUUCCUCAAACUCGAUGCUAAUGAACAACUGUUCAUCUAUGUUCAUCAGUCAUUUGCACCAUCACCAGAUCAAGAAGUGGGGGUCCUCUUUGAUUGUUUCGCCAGCGAUGGGAAGCUUGUUCUGCAUUAUUGUAAAUCUCAAGCCUGGGGUUAGCUGCUUUGUGUGAUGUUCAAUUAAUUCCUUAAACAAAAAAAUGUUUUCUGUAUUUACUGUCUUCAAGUUUGUAUGUACAUAUGCUGUAAAUAAAUCAUUGUAAACAUUU